CCCCGCCUACUUCCCCUCCCCGGGUCCCGGGCGGCGAAGAUGGCGGCCGUGAGGGCGCCGCGAGCGGUAUCCGGGGGUCUGGCCGUGGCGCCGGGGGCGGAGUAGCGCCCUCCAGAUUUCGGGGCGCGCCCCCUGCCCCGCGCGUCCAUGCACUCCGUGUCCCCCGCCGCCGCACAGUACCGCAGCGGCAGCCCCGAGGCCCGUAAGCCCCGCGCACCCCGGGAGCCCUCCAGUCGGGGUCCCCCCGGAGCCGUCGGGCCACCUGCCGCCGCCCCCGGGGAGCCGGACGAGGUGGACAAGUUCAAGGCGAAAGUGCUGACGGCCUGGAACAACGUCAAGUACGGUUGGACGGUCAAAAGCAGAACCAGUUUCAGCAAGAUUUCCACCCUGCAUCUCUGUGGGCGACGCUACCGGUUUGAUAGCGAAGGGGAGAUCCAACGUUUCCAGCGGGACUUCUCAUCUCGCCUGUGGUUCACCUACCGCCGAGACUUCCCACCUCUAGGCGGGGGCAGCCUGACGUCGGACUGCGGCUGGGGGUGUAUGCUCCGCAGCGGACAGAUGCUCUUAGCUCAGAGCCUCCUGCUGCACCUGCUACCCCGAGACUGGACAUGGAAUCAGGGCACAGGCCCUGGCCCCCCAGAAGCAGCCUCUCUCCACUGGGGGCCUGGCCACUUGCUACCUCCGUGCUGGACACCAGGCGCCCCAGAGCAGGAACAGAAUCACCGGAAGGUCGUGUCCUGGUUUGCUGACCAGCCCCAGGCUCCCCUCGGCCUCCACCGGCUGGUGGAGCUGGGCCGCAGCUCGGGCAAAAAGGCAGGAGACUGGUACGGGCCGUCCCUGGUGUCCCACAUACUCAGGAAAGCCGUGGAGAGCAGCCCGGAGUUGUCUCGUCUGGUGGUCUAUGUGUCACAGGAUUGCAUAGUGUACAAGGCAGACGUGGCCCGCUUAGUGUCCUGGCCAGAUCCCAGUGCCGAAUGGAAGGCCGUGGUCAUCCUGGUGCCCGUGCGACUGGGCGGGGAGACUCUCAACCCCAUGUACGUGCCCUGUGUGAAGGAGCUGCUACGCUCAGAGUUGUGCCUGGGCAUCAUGGGAGGCAAGCCACGCCACUCACUCUACUUCGUCGGCUACCAGGAUGACUUCCUGCUUUACCUGGACCCACACUACUGCCAGCCCACGGUGGAUGUCAGUCAACCUGACUUCCCCCUGGAGUCAUUCCACUGCACCUCCCCCCGCAAGAUGGCCUUCACUAAGAUGGACCCAAGCUGCACCCUGGGCUUCUACGCCAGAGACAGGAAGGAGUUUGAGAAGCUCUGCUUGGAGCUGACCCGGGUCCUCAACUCCUCCUCUGCCUCGGAGAGGUACCCCAUGUUCACACUGGCCGAGGGCCACGCUCAGGACCAUGGCCUGGAUGACCUCAGCUCACAGCCCUCCCCGCCUACCAGCCGGCUCCCUGGUGGUGCAGGGCGGCUCCUCAGAGCCAAGCGCCCAAGUUCGGAGGACUUCGUGUUUUUAUAAAGGGAUAGGGAGGGGGGGAGAAGAUACCACACUAUUUAUUUUUUUUAUUUAUGUUACUCUGGGUGUGGGAGCUAGCACUCUGGUGGUGAUAGGAUUUUUUUUGUCUUCCAGCUCCUUCCCUGGACACAGGAAUCCAGGAGACCCACCAGGAGGGGGUUAGAGGCCAUGGGACUCCCUCAUCUGUUCACUGCCCACCCACCCCCCCCCCCCAAUAGGGCAAGGCAGGGAUGCAGGCUUCCAGGCACCCACUCAGGGCCUGAUUCAAGUACUGUAGUUUUGCACUGGAUUGCCUGGGACUCUUUUUGGCCCUGUCAUCCCUGUCCUGCUAAGGGCUGGUGGCUUGUGGGAGGGGACACUGGACUGCUGGGGAUGUUCUAAUAAAGCCGUCUGAGUGACUUGACCUCAAAAA